AUGACAAAGCCAACGGUACUACUUGCGAUCAUCUUAUCUCUUCUCUGCCUGAGCAGAGCCAAUAUCUCGCCAAUGGGGUGUUACCCAUAUGCCAGUGGACCUCAGCUCUACUCCAAUGAUCCAAUUUCAAUGGAAGCAUGUGCGGCUGGAUGCACGAACACGUACGCCUCGCUCUUCGCUUUCAAAUACUACUACUCAUACUUCAACCCUGAUAUCCAAGCGACAGACAUCAGACAUGUCUGUGAAUGUGGGAACAACUUGGGAUACACUCCGUCCGACUGGACGUAUGGAGAGAGCUGCGGUCAAGCAAAUUUCUAUGAUCCGCCUAUCACGACUGUUUGGUUACUCAAGACCACAUUCAGCAGGCUCGGCUGUGCAAUAGUUACCAACUAUGAAGAGCGACAUUUUUCAAAUGUACCGGAUUUCCAAGCUUGUUUUGCCCAAUGUAAGAAGUCAGAAUAUGUCUUUGUCGAUAGGGCAGUUGGCGUUGGUAUCAGAUGCAGUUGCUCCGAUGAACCAACCUAUCAAGGACUGUCCAGCUACCAAGGCACGACUCCGCAGGACUUCAACUGGAUGAUCUUUCAGCAUCCUCCUGGAUCGAGCGGAGCGCCAAGUGGAUGGGUUAGAAGGCAGUUGAAGGAAAGGUUAGCGAGAGAAGCCGGUCAAAAAGCGUUGGCGGUCUGUCCGAAAGAUAUGACUGCUUGUCAGACUUCAAGUGAGGAUGAUUCGAGCUUUGAGUGCCUCGACGUUCAGUCAGAGUUGGAAUCUUGUGGAGGAUGUAUAUAUGGGUCUUUUGGACAUGGAGGCAACAGUAGCUGGGGGAUCGACUGCCUAUCUUUGCCAGGUGUCAGUCGAGAAGGAGUCACCUGUCUUCUGGGAGAAUGCCUGGCUUUCGGCUGUGAAAACGGGUAUGAUCUGAGGGACAAUCAGUGUACCCUCUUAUUGACUGAUGGAGAUGAUUGUACACAUAUGCCUAAGUAG